UUUUUGUUGUCUCAAAAUAUUCUUUACAUUUUCUUUUAUAUCAUUACAUUAAUGAUUUAAUAUUCUAUCAAAAUUUGUGUCAAAUGAUUUUUUAACCAAUAAAAUUCAUUGGUUAUUUAAUUUCUCACACCUUUCUAUUAGGACAUUAAAUUUUUCUCAUAUUCCCAAUAUCAUAAUUUUGAUAAAAGUGAAAACAUUAUAAAUAAACGUAAUUUUUCUUAUUUAAAUAAAAAAUAGAGGAAUCUCAAUGCACAUUAAUUAGUCAUUAAUAAACGUGCAAAAUGGCAAACGUAAAAAACAAAAAGAGACGGAGGGAGUAGAAUGGAAGAAGUAUAUUAACCGGUGAGUGAGAUUUGAGUCAUUUUGACUUGGUUUUUGGAGUCAAUCAGGUUAUUUCAGGGCAUAUGCUCUAGAGUCUAGUUGGUGGAUAAACUUUUUGUAGCAUACCAAUUAUAGUGUGUUGGUGGACAUGGAAUAUUUGAAUGAACAACUUUCAAAACUAAUAGACUAAUCUUUUAAACUUUAUUAUUAUGCUUUGAUUAGACUUUAAUUGUUUUUUCUAGGUAAAAUAGACUUUUAUUUGUUAUAAUUUUGAUAUUGAAGAUCAUAAUCUCUAAAGUAGUUAGGUGAUUGAUUAAUCAUUGAAUUAUGUAAUGCUUUGAUGAUGACUACCGAUUUUGUCUUUGAUGUACUUGGUUCAACGGCUCGUAGGAUCUGGUGAUCUCUAUUGUAAACUUUUAUAAACGAACAAUCAAUUGGUCAACAAGCUAGCAAUUAAUAACUGUUGUAUUUGGUCAACCCUUAUUUUUCCUAAACUUAUCUUAUCUGAAAUUAUCUGAACUUAUUUUUCCUGAAAUAAGUGAAAAUAAGGUGAACAGAAAACAUGUUUUAUUUCCCGAACAAAUCUAGUAUUUAGUCACUCAUAAUUUUAUGUAAAAGAGCAUAAUAAAGUGUAAUUCUUAUCCACGUAAUAAAUCGAGACAUCACCAAAAACUACAAAAUCUAGUUUCUUUCAAUCUCCUUAGGAUUUUUGUUGAGAGUGAGUGUUGAAGGAGACGAGAAAAUCAUUACAACCUAAUUUUGGUCCCUGCACUUAUAUUAUACUCUUAACUACAAAAUAAUGAAAGUAUAGAUAAGGUUAGGACUUAAGGGUCUUAGGACCCAUAAUAAAUAAAUAAUUCAACUUAACAAUUUUACUUUUAUAUUUUUUAUAUUUUCUUAGACUAUAGGACAAUUUUUCAUGUAUAAAAAAUUGAAGAUUUGAAGGGACCAACAUAAAUGAAAACCUAAUAAUUUAAUGGUGCUAAUCAAAGCAAUGGCGUACAUAACAGUAUCAUCAUCAAUUCAUCAUUUAUAAAUCACCAUCAAUAUAUACUCGAACUUUCUUUAUUUUUUUCUUUCCAAAACCAUAUAAAUUCUUGUAAAAUAUUGUCUUUAUAGAGUAAUCCAGCAAAUUGACAAACUACAUGUUACGUCACUCACCUUCCACCCAACUGACAGACUACUGACCAUGGUCAGUUAGUUAAAUACUUCCUCUGAUCUUUUUUAGUUAAUACACUUUUUUUUCUAAGGGGAGCUAACACACUUUAUUUUGGCACACAUACUUAGAAAAUGUGACAAAUGAAGUUAAUAGACGAAAAUACGCCUACGCAUUUUUUUUGACAGUAGCCUACGCAUUAACAUACUACCUAUAUAAGGGUGAAAUAAGAAAUUUAUGUUAAGAAGUGUGUCAACUAAAAAAGAACGGAGAAAGUAAGUGUAUGUGAUACUCCGUAUGAUAAAAGUAACCUUUGGAGAUGAAACAGUACAAAUUUUUAUAAAUUAUCGUAUAUAGAGAAAAAUAAACUGUCAAACCACAUGUCAUGUCACUCACCUUUCACUCAACUGACUUACUCAGAGCACGGUCGGGUAGUUAAAUAAGAGUUAUGCGAUACAAUAAAGUAACAAUUGGAGAUGGACGAAACAAAAAGAGCAAAAUGAGGUGUGAAAUCUUACGAUAAAAGUUGUGCAAAGGAAGAAGGCCUUAAGUUGGCACAAAGAAUCUCCUUCAUCUAAAGCAACCUUUCCCCCAAGCAAUUCCCUAUUCAACAAUCUCCCACCUAGCUUAAUUCAUCACUUUCUCUCUCCUCUCUCUAGCUAAAACCUCAAAACUCUCACAUUUAUGACAAAUUAGAAUUAGUAAUUAGUACAUGAUCAACAUAUAAUUAUGAUGCCUAAUACAACAAGAGCAAGAGAAAGAGCAAGAGGUGUAACUCAUGCAGACUUGGCUCCUAAACCACAAGGUCUUCAUCUCUCCAGCAAAGCCGGAGCGCUCCUUACCAUUCUUUGCAUCCUUUGUGGCCUCUUUUGCUUCAUUCUCUCCCUCUUCGCCGAAGCCACUCGCUCCGAGGUGACAUGGAUGUUAAUAAACAAUAAUAAUAAUAACGAUGAUGCAAAGAAAGGGCAAAAGGGAAAGGGGAAUUACGAGUGUAUGUAUAGUGGAAGUGGGAAAGUACCAUUGAUAUGUGCAUCCGUCGCAUUUGUAGCAUUGGCAAUAGCAAUGCUUGUUCAACAUUCGUUUUUGCUCAUUGCAAUGACCAAGACUUCUCCUCCGGUGUAUGUUAGUUGGGACCCUGAGUCUUCUAGGCCUAUCAAGUCUCUUACUUGGCAAGCUGGAUUUUUCUUCAUUUCUACCUGGGUGUGUUUUGCAGUGGGUGAAAUAAUGCUACUAAUAGGACUAAGUGUAGAAUCAGGGCAUCUAAAAGAUUGGGCCUCACCAAAAUCAAGCUGCCUAAUCGUCCGAGAAGGAGUAUUCACUGCUGCUGGAGUAUUCUCUCUUUUAUCAGUCUUCUUAGCUGCUGGUUUAUACGCCACAGCGUUACGAGUCCAAUGGCUAGGCCAACAACAAGAGACUAUUAGACGAGCAAUCUUGGAAGCCUCUUCAAUUUACGCAACUCCGCCUCGUUCACCCGAACAUAAUCGGACGGCGACGACGACGACUCAAGGCGUGGCAUCCACCAAUGUUGUUAGACAUGAUCAGACGACGUCGUCUAUGUUGUCUCAACAACAUCAAUCGAUCCUAAGUAACAAGGAAGAUAGUUUACUAUGAAGAUGCAAUUAAUUGAAGACCGUCUUUUGAUUUGUUUGACAUUGUAAUUAUAAUGGAUGAGGAAAAUUGUAUACAUAAUUAACAUACCAGAUGUACAUGUAUCUUAAGAGUGUAAAUAUACAUUAUAAGAAAUUUUCAAAUUUAUUGAGGUUAUGACAUUGAUCACGUA